AUGAAUUGUCCUUCUCGCACUGAAGAACCCGAGGGCGAUGGCUUUAAUCAGAAUCCUAGCUCGCUGGCUGCGGACCUUACCACCAGACAAGAUCUAAAUGGCAUUGCUAAUACGAGGAUUUUACGGAGGACUUCAAGCAGCGAGAUGCAACAAAUGGAGGAGCAUGAACCAUGUAGACAGGCAGAACGUGAUAAAAAUAAUCAUUCGUCCAAGGAGGGGGGUGAGGGGGCGUUGGCGAGCCGUGAUGGAAGCGGCUGUGGGAGGGGUGGCCUUGGAGGUGGUAAAGGCACCGUCCGACAGAGAUCCAAGGAUUUCUCAGUUGACCUCUUUACGAGGGCUCGAAAGUUCGCAACGACUUUCGGGAAGUUUAUUGGCCCAGGAUUUAUGAUCGCCGUGGCAUACAUUGACCCUGGCAAUUACUCAACAGAUGUUGCUGCCGGUUCCACAUACAGGUUCAAACUCCUGUUUGUUGUUCUGAUGUCAAAUAUUUUUGCCAUUUUCUUACAGAGCCUGUGCAUCAAACUGGGUAGCGUGAGUGGACUUAAUCUCGCGGAGGCUUGUAAAGAGUUUCUCCCAAGAUGGCUGAACAUUUUUCUAUAUGUCAUGGCCGAAGCAGCGAUUAUUGCAACUGAUAUCGCUGAAGUUAUCGGAACAGCCAUUGCAAUCAAUCUUUUGAUUCCCCAGAUACCAUUAGUUGCAGGAUGCGCGUUGUCGAUCGUCGAUGUGCUCCUCAUUUUACUUUUCUAUACGCCGAAUGGGUCUAUGAAAGGACUCCGUGCUUUUGAAAUAUUUGUUAUGUUCCUUGUAUUGGGUGUUGUAAUAUGCUUCUGCAUUCAACUGAGCCUGAUUAAAGAUACCUCUGUGGGUGAGGUUUUCAGGGGAUACAUUCCCUCAUCUGCCAUUGUACAGUCUCAAGGCCUCUACCAAGCAUGUGGUAUCCUUGGCGCCACAGUCAUGCCUCAUAGUCUUUACCUAGGAAGCGGAAUCGUCCAGCCUCGACUUCUGGAAUACGAUGUCAAGAAUGGCUUUGCAACUCCGCCGAACCGUGCUGAAAGCUCCAAAAAACAGCCAUAUUUCCCAUCAGUAGCUGCCAUCAACUUUUGCCUCAAAUACUCGAUCGCUGAAUUGGCAAUCGCCCUCUUCACAUUCGCCCUUUUCGUCAACAGUGCCAUUCUGAUCACGGCCGGGGCUUCUCUCCAAGGGUCCGAGGCUGCCGAUGCCGAUCUGUUUGGUAUAUAUCACCUACUCUCGUCAAGCAUUGCUCCCGCUGCAGGAACCAUUUUCGCCCUCGCCCUUCUUCUGUCUGGCAUAAGUGCUGGCAUCGUCUGCACUAUUGCAGGUCAAAUGGUUUCAGAAGGUGCAAUUAACUGGACGAUUGCACCGUGGCUCCGACGUCUCCUCACGAGAAGCAUCAGUAUCACGCCCAGCAUUAUCAUCGCUGGUGCCGUAGGUAGAGACGGUCUCUCUGCUGCAUUGAACGGGUCCCAGGUUGCUCUCAGUGUUGUUCUCCCAUUUGUCUCUGCUCCUUUGAUUUAUUUCACCUGCCGAAAUAAGUAUAUGACUGUUCGAGCCCAUCGUCCUGGAACGAGUACAGCGGUGGACGGGGAUGAGGAAGAAGUUCUAGACGGGAGGUUUGGUGGUGUGAUGGAGGCACCUGGUCAAGAGCCUGUCAAGAUGAGAAACAAUUGGAUUAUUGCUACCUUGGGCGUUCUCAUUUGGCUGAUCAUAACUAUCAUGAAUGUUGCCAACCUGGUGUUGCUGGGAAAAGGAGAGACAUAG